AUCCCAUCUCCUGCACCCACAACCACCUCCAAAAUGUUCACCAGCAACAAAGCCCCAAACCACCGCCUCCGCAUCACCGCAGGCCCGCGCUACGACCCCUCCACCCACCAACUCGUGCACGUCAACGGACCCUCGCCAAUCCGCAUCCGCAGCCCGCACCUCACCGCCGACAUCUGGGUGCGCAUCAAGGAGUACACCGGAUACCCAGAGGGAUCUCCCCCCUCGAACCCCUACUUCACGCAGCCCGCCACCUCCGCGAACCGAUACAGCAUCACCCUCUCCCUGACCUUCCACAAAGACAUCAACGGCGACGACCUCCUCUUCGGCAACGACUUCGACCACCCGAUCCGCGACUACCUCCCCCCAGGCUUCGGCGCCGCCUUCAAGGUCGUAAAAACAAUGCUCGACCCCUCCAUUGACGGCGACGCGUACAACGAUAAACCCUACCUAUACAGUCCUGCGCUAGCAUCGUGGAACCAGUUCCGGAUCGGGGAGGCGAUUCCCCCCAGUAGAUCGAAGGAAGCGCCGGGAGCGGAUCGCCUUAUCCUUGAGGGGGCGGAGGGGUCCGGGGUGCAGGUACGGGAACAAUACGGUCUGCCGGGGGAUGCGGCGGCGCGGACGAAGUAUUUCCGGGACGAGGAGAGGCGGAGGGGGUUUGGAUUCGAGGCGGGCAGGGUGUAUGAGGCGGACUUCGGGAAUCCGUAUUUGGAUUUUGAGGAAUUCGCGAUCCACGUCCCCGGGAUCACCCUGAAUAUCAGCAAGUAUGUCAGCGAGAAGAACAACGUGCUGCGGUACGUGCUGAAGAACCGGGCCACCGGGGAGGAGUAUCUCGUGAUCGGGUUCACGGUUGUGCUAGACGGGGCGGACGAGACGACCGAAGGCGCGGAUGAGGUGGAUUAGACGUCUACCACGGCCCCGCAAUCCUAGUACCAGAUUUACCGUCCCGGGGGAGAACCCCCGGACCCCCCUUUCUUUCAGCUUCCUGGUGAAGCUUUCUGUAGUAGCACUAAAC